AUGACCUGGAGCGCCACGGCCCCGGGCGCCCACCAGCCCGACAACACUGCGUUCACGCAGCAGCGCCUCCCCGCCUGGCAGCCGCUGCUGUCGGCCAGCAUCGCGCUGCCGCUCUUCUUCUGCGCGGGCCUGGCCUUCAUCGGCCUGGGCCUGGGCCUCUUCUACUCCUCCAAUGGCAUCAAGGAGCUCGAGUACGACUACACAGGCAACCCGGGCACCGGCAACUGCUCGGCGUGCGCCCUGGCCGACCAGGGCCGCGCACCGCCGCUUCGCUGCUCGUGCGCCUGGUACUUCUCGCUGCCCGAGCUCUUCCCGGGCCCCGUGUACCUCUACUACGAGCUGACCAAUUUCUACCAAAAUAACCGGCGCUACGGAGUGUCCCGCGACGACUCGCAGCUGAGCGGGCUGCCCAGCGCGCUGCGCCACCCGGCCAACGAGUGCGCCCCCUACCAGCGCAGCGCCACCGGCCUGCCCAUCGCGCCCUGCGGCGCCAUCGCCAACAGCCUCUUCAACGACACCUUCUCGCUGUGGCACCAGCGCCGGCCCGGCGAGCCCUACGUCGAGGUGCCGCUCGAUCGCACCGGCAUCGCCUGGUGGACCGACUGCCACGUCAAGUUCCGCAACCCGCCGCUGGUGAACGGCAGUCUGGCGCUGGCUUUCCACGGCACCGCGCCCCCGCCCAACUGGCACAGGCCGGUCUACGAGCUGAGCCCCGACCCGAACAACACUGGCUUCAUCAACCAGGACUUCGUGGUGUGGAUGCGCACGGCGGCGCUGCCCACGUUCCGCAAGCUGUACGCGCGCAUCCGCCAGGGCAACUACUCGGCCGGGCUGCCGCGCGGCGCCUACCUCGUCAACAUCACCUAUAACUACCCGGUGCGAGCCUUCGGCGGCCACAAGCUCCUCGUCUUCAGCAACAUCUCGUGGAUGGGCGGCAAGAAUCCCUUCCUGGGCAUCGCCUACCUGGUCGUGGGCUCCCUGUGCAUCCUCAUGGGCUUUGUCAUGCUGGUGGUCUACAUUCGCUACCAGGACCAGAACGACGAGGAGGAGGACGAAGAAUGAUUCCGGCUACUUGCCAAACAAAACUCUGGCAGGCUUCGUAGGCUUCUCCCCCUCGAUUCCAAUCCCAAUUCCAACCUCUCCUCACUUUUCCUCCUGUUGUGAUGAGGGGACCAGAGGGAGGAAUUAUACCCACUUGCUGGGGUGUUUGGAUGGCAGAAUGAGACGAUCUUAACAAAUUAUCCCCAUCUUCACGAUUUCCCACGUUGACCUGUUAAGUUCUUAAAGUCUUCGGCAUCUGAGCAUGGAAGGGACGGUGGAGAUUCCUUGUUCAACUUCUAUCUGAUGAGAAGACUGAGACCUAGAGACGUUAAAUAACUUAUUCAAGGUCACGUAGCCACUCGUUGGCUCCUGACUCUGACUCUUUUAUCACUACAACACAGUGGUUUUCUUGCGGGGAGGGGGGCUGGAGGAGAGAGUAAAGCCCUCAAAUAACUUCCAGAGGUGUGGAGGGGUGGGAAAGAAUAUACUUGUGAAAAAUGUAGACAGAUUAGGAAGCACUAUCCCCAGAUGCUGACACACGCAGGAGUGCACCUCCUAAAGCUGUAUUUUAACAAGCCUGUCUGGAGAUCCCUCCUGUAUUCCCUCAAAUUCUGGAAUCACUGCCCUGAACCAGGGAGCAAGUAGAAUACUGGCUGUUUCCCUGUUUUCUCAUGUGUCUGAGGAUGGGCCUGAAGCAGUCAUGUGAGCCCAGCUUUUCAGGUAGUCAUUUGUUCCCAGGGGCUGUAACAAUCAUAAUGUUUCAAGUUUGGUCUACAAUCCUGCCUUCAAUAUGGAAAACACUCCAUAAGUUGUGGAAUGAGUGAAAAAUAACUUGCUAUCUCUAGAAAUCUGGCAUAAAGAUUUGCAAAACAGGGUUUGUAUCAAUUUAUUUAAUAUUGGAGGGUUAAAGUGAAAAAAAAAACAACAAAACCAAACACUUUGCCAAGUACUGUGUAGAAACUUGAAAAUGCCAGGUCACUUUGUAUAGCUUGGAGUGAAUGUUUUAAACUUAGAAUCAGAUAGAUGGAAGGGGUCUUAGAGGGAAAAUGAUUUCCCUAAAGUCAUACCUGUGUCUCCUGACUUGGUCCUCUUCAUCAUCUAAAUUAUUUUUUAUGCUUAGAGAAAAAAAAGUUUUCCUUCAUGCAUAUAUUUUCCCUGGAAUCUAAGAAAAAAACUUUUUAAUCUAUGUUCUCAAGUGAAGCAUGUUUGUUUGUAGUAAUGGUUUAAAGGAAUGCUAAGGAAUAUAGUCCUAUAUGUUAUCUAGAAUCUUAAGAAUUAUUUGAAACUUCAAGAUAAUUUUAAAGCCUGACUACUCUAAAAUUAUCCUAAUGUAUAGAAAGUUAUUCUAAGCUAUAGAUUUAAAAAAAAAACACCUUCUUUUUAUGGCAAAACAAAAACUCCUUAGUGAUAUCAUCUUAACCAGUUUAUUUCCUGAAAGUAAACAAUUGUCCAGUGCCUGCUCUCUAUUAUAGCUACUUUCCAGUUACUACUGUUUUUGCUCAGGCCUGUAAGGUAUUAUGAGACUUUGAUGUAUUUUUUUAAGUAGCCAAAGAAUAUUGAAUUGUAUUGAAUUAUUUACAUUAAUUUUAUUAUACUCUAUUCUAGUUCUUUGAAAAUUAAUAAUUGAUGGACAGCAUGCGUGUUCACUGACCUCUGUCUCAGACCUUCUGGAACAGUUGUGAUUUAAUAUUCUGUCCCACUAUUUUACAUAAACCAAAAAAUAUUUUAGCAAUUCUCGUGUGUUGGCUUCCCAGUCCCAGAAUGUGACACAAUUUUAUUGUCAGAUUGCAUAUUGCGAUUUUAGACUAUGAAAAUAGGAUCAUUACAUGUAUAUAAGAUAAUUUUUAUUUAUUAUGAAUGUUUGAUCAAGCAGCUUACUAGCCUAGCUUUCUUUAUGUUGAGUAAGAGAAUUUACUACUUUCUUACUAUGUGGUCGAGAGCAACCAUGUGUUUUGCUAUCAUUUUAACAAUAUUCAGUCCAUUGCUCUAAAUUGUUUAAUGAGACCACAAAACUUAAGGGGUUCUGAUUAAAUCAAUGAAUGUGGUUCCAGGCCCUAUUCUCUGGAUUUUUGAAAGAGAAGAAAGGUUAUGUUUGUCUUACCUUUGUUAUCACAUUUGCUUAAUUCUUUUGAACUAUGGUCUUAAAGGCACAAACAGCACCAACCACUUUGUUCAUGUGUUAUUAGCAGGUUUUUAUUGCAGCAAGAAAGUCAUCUUUCAAAAUAAGGCUCAGAGUAAAUGCAGUCUUUCAGUGUUAACUUCCUAAAACAGAAUUUGAACUUACGUGAACAUCAACAUGUAAUACGAAUUAGAUGAUCUUCAACUAUUACUUAAAUUUGGUAAAAUGUGGUCAAUGUAAAAAAUAAUAUGAAAUUUUAUUAAAGAAUAUGAUUGUA